UAAAAGAAAAAAUAAGUCUAGAUGUUAAAAAGUUAAAUACAAUCCCAAAUCCACAGAAACAAAAAAAUCAAUCUAAUCAAAAACGAUGUUCAUCACUCUUUAAAUUCGAUGCAAGAGGUAACAUUUCCAUUUGUCAACAGAAGAAACAAUUCAUUUUGAAUAAAUUUUGUUGAGCGUUAUUUGAUCGGGUUCCGAUGAUGGAGAAAGGUUGCGGGAGACGGCGUGGGGUUAAAUGUCGGCGUUAAAGAGCCGUAGUAACUCCUUAACCGGAUUAACUUUAGACGCUGUUCUUGGUGGCGAGAUAGUUAUACCAUCAUCUCCACCGUCGCCACCGCCUUUGCCGCAAAAAUCUCUCGUACCGCACCACACAACGACCCAAACGCUUUUCGAUAUCAUACGCGAGGAAUACCAAAAGGAAGGGCACAAGGAUCGUACCACGUGGCAGAUUUUCCGUGAGAAACUCCGUCUCAAACGAACCGGUUCUGCUUGGACCUCUUCUCUUCAUAUCCCCGCCUCGGAUAUACUUAUCCACCAUCCCAAACACCUUGAACCGGCGUUCCGAUCACACUCCGCCGGUUUAACCAACGAUAAGAUCAACGCGAUUCCGAUGUCGGAUCCACCUGGUUCUUCAGGACGCCCGAUGUUCACCCGCGGAUCCUCGAUGCGGGUCGGGUCGAGUAAAAUCCCGGACGAUUCGGCUGACAUCAACAUCCUGGGAGAUGGACCACCGUCGAGGAGCUUCAAGCCGCAGCUAUCACGGCACGACUCCGUUAGAGAUCACAGCGACGGCGAGGAAGAUAACAGACGCCGUCAUCCGAUAGUCACGUUCGUGGAAGAAAGACAGAUGUCGGCGAGAGAGGCUGUCGCGGCGCAGGAAGCGGCGGAAGCAGAAGCAGCGGCGGCCGGAAGCGACGAUGAGGACGAAGACGACAACGAGGAGGAUGAUUCAGGAGAAGCGGAGGAGAAGAACUCAUCAGCAGCUCCUGCGCCGAAGCAAACGAUGUCGCUGAUGGAUCUAUUGGAAGAGACGGAUCGGCAAAUGGGAUUAACAGGAUCAAGAUACGCCAUGGACGAAGAAGACGAAUACGAAGAAGACGAAGAAGAUGAGAAUUACGAGGAAGAAGAAGAAGAUGGCCACGAAGGAGGAGAGGUUAGUUGCUGCGUUUGUCAGGUGAAAGUGAAAGGCGCGACUAACACUCCUUGCGGUCACACGUUUUGUAAGCUCUGCUCUAAGGAGCUUAUGGCUCAGAAAGGCCAUUGUCCCGUUUGCAGUAGCUUUGUCCUUGAAUUCCUCGAGAUCUUUUAGAAACCAUUUCUCUUCAAAACUUACUAUUUAUUUUUGGAUACAAUUUUGAAAAUUUUCCAUAUUUA